GUGACAAACCCGCACCGCGCGCCCAAGCCAUGUCUCGCGCUCGCCGAGCCGCUCGCGCGUUUUCGCGUUUUUGCUAAUCGCUAUCGGAUCCCCCGCUUAUCAGUCGAUUAAGCUCCAGCCGCGAUCCCAUUAGCACUCUUCCGAGCGUCUUCGCCGCGUACUUGAAAUACAUCGCGGCACGCGCGCGUUUGUCUCGUGCGAUUAAGAUUUCAAUCGAAGCAAAAUCGAUCUUCAUGGAAAAAUAUCGAAGAAAUUUUGAUCCGCUCACAAGUGAAAGAUCGCGGAAGCGCAAGGCUAAUUUCUAAGCCGUGCGUGGAAUUCGAAAAAAAUCGGUUGGAUUUGUGUCAUAAUUUUUAGUGCUAUAUUUUUAGUUAUUUCGUCGUUUUAAUGUGCCUUAAAUUCAGUGCUUUAUCCUAGAUUAGAGUAUUUUUAAAGUAUGAGACGCGAUUUUUGCUUUUUUAACAAUAUUGCAACUACUCCUUACUAUUUUAUAACUGCAAACCACGUGAUCUAAUUUUUAUCUGAUUUUACACCGAAAAGUUGUUGGUUUUUGAACUUGGCCUCGUGUAAUUUUUGUUUGGUGGCCAAGAAUUUGUGAAUAAUCACACUGUUACGAAAAUAUUAAAAUUUCUAUCAUUUCAUUGCACGCACUACGUAAAGGAAAAAAUAAAUAAAGUUGUGCUUUCCGUAACUUGGCACGUGCGGUAGCUGCCGGUUUUAACUUUGCAGCAGUGAAGUGGUUCAUUCGACCGUCGCAACUGUGGAUAUUUUGUGCAUCUGUUUUAAUACGUCCGAAACGAUUCAAUCAUGGUGCAAGGCGAGAUCGUCUACGACUCGAUCAUCCAAAAUAAGCACAAGACGAAGACCUACUGGGAGCAGCUGAUGAUGGCCGCGGAGAUGGGGACGCAACCCCCGGCGCCGCCGCUCCUCAAGCAAUUCAACGGCGACUGCCAAGACGACAAGGCCCACAGCGAGAUUUCCGAGGACUUCUACGACGCCGAGUCGCACAACUCUCUUAACUCUCCGGAGCUUCAUUCCCUCGAGGCUGGCCUCGUCGGCCCCAAAAUCGUCGAAAAGGUGGCGAAGAAGCUGUUGGAAGCGGUGGAAUCACGCCCGACGAAGCGCGCGACGGAGGAGAGCGUGAUCGAGCGUGAGAUCAAGCUGCAGCGUGAGCGUGAGCUGGCGCUGGUGCGUGAGCGGGAGGCGGCGGCGGCGAAAGCGCAGGCGCGCGCCCCGGAGAUGAAGACCCUCGGGGGGAGCCUGAGCCCCGAGGUGACGACCGUGCUCAAGGAGGCCGACGACGAGUGGCGCCGCAGGAGCUGCAAGGACGAGGACCUCUUCAACAGCAUCCCCACCACCGACGAAGGCAACUGCUCCGAGUAUGGAAGCGAGGGCAAAGAUGACUUCAGCCCGGAGACAAACAACAGCCGUGUGAUGAGCCCCGAAGUGGAGAUGGGCGGUCAGAUCCACCAGCGGACCCAGUCGAUGGACUCGAUGAGCUCCGGGCACAGCUCGGGCUCCAGCUCCGGGCUCAGCUCACACCUGGAUUGCUCCUACGUGAGCGUCAACGCCAGACGAAGAGGCAUCACCGUCAAACCCCUCGACGAGCCAGAGGAAGAGAACUCCACCUUUUUCAGGAAUGAAAGAGAAACUCCUAUUGAGCGAGAAAUUCGAUUGGCCAGAGAAAGGGAAGAGGAAUUGCGAAGAGAGAAAAAUAACAUUAUGAACAAUAUUAUCAAAUCCAAUGAGAAUCCGCCCACACAUCAGCAGAAUAAAACCAUGAACUCUACAAACUUUAGUAGCCGAAAUAGUAUAAACGUAGAGCAAGAAUUACUCAUCAUUAAAGCAGAAGAAAAUAUUGAUGUUCAAUCCAAGGUUAACCAACUCAACAGCUUGAGCCAAAGAAGUAAGUCAAACGACAAGAAGCCGGCGCCACUUCAGCUGAAGAAGCACCUAUCGAAGAGCGUCGUGAACCUGAGCUGUGCAAAAGAACUCGAGAGCGAGCUGACCGUGCCAUCACCGACGAGCCCCGCCGCCCCCAACUCCCACUUCAAGAAGUUCGUCGGCGCCCCCGCCACGCAGAAGCGCGGGCUCAUGAAAAGGUUCCUGGAAUCGCGAGGCAAACUCGGCUCCACUUUCACCCUCAACGCCCCCGCUCUGAAUAGUGAACCAAUCAAAAAACUCUCCACCUUCAGUAGUCCCAACUCUAAUCAAAACUGUGUCUCUGUAGUCAAUGCGCCACCUCGCAAACAUUAUGUUAAGAAAAUUCAGAACAAAGAAGAAAAUAGUAGCAUUGGAACUAGGCCUGGUUACAAGUCGGCAGAAGAAAAAAUUCAAAAUGAAUUGAUGGAAAUGAGAAGACGAGAGGAAGAGCUGAGACGACAGAGAGCAUUCUCUUUGGCUAGAUCACAACCAAAUUUAUUAAGUCUAAUUGACGGUGAGGGGGAAAUUGUAGAUAACGAAAAAGAAAAAGAUAUUGAAAUCCUAGACAGACUGCCACCAAUGUCCAAACUCCGCACCGCUUUGAGCAAUCCCAAUCUCCUUGAUGUUGAUGAAAAGCCCGUGCAGAAAAAAAUUCAGCAGCGGAAGAAAAGUGCUUUGAUUACUGAAUGGGAGAAUCGAAUCCAGAAAAAUAUAGAAUAAGUAACACAUCAACUACUCUUUGGUGUAUGCUCUUUGUCAGGAUAUACUUUAACUUCUAAACGGACACGUGGACCAAAAAUAUUUACAUAGUGUGAUUUUUCGAAUAGCAUAACUGCAUUGUGAAUACAUAAAAAAGGUGCCCGCAUAGGUAUUACAGCUUAACUGCUGUCAUUGUUGGGACAAAAGAAGAGGCGCUCAUUAAAUUUAAGAGAAAUAGUACCCUAAUAAUCCUAAACUUACUGCAUCCUAUAAUUGUCUAUCAGCAAAGGUAAAGCAGUGCAUUUAAUUUAGUUCUUGUAUUUCUAAAACUGCAGGUGCCUAUUUUUCUGUGGAACUUGUUUGUAUGUUUCAUAUUACUUAAUUUUUUUAUGAUCAAUUUAUUUAUAAGGAGUGGCAGUUCAUGCCUGAUUUUUGCAUUUAAAUUCACUCCCGGUGUAACUGAAAAAAUCACUGAAAAAGCGUAUCUUUCGAGAAAGACCAUAAUCAAAAUACUAAGUCAAUCGUACGACUUAGAUUCUCUUCCUUCCUAAGUCCUUUUGGAUUUCAAAUGCAAUUUUAUUUUUUUAUACUGUUUUAUAUUGUUUUUUAUUUGUAAGUAAUUUUUAGAUUAUAUCCUUUUAAAUUACCGGUAAGUUUUAACUACCUAUCCGUAUCAAAGAUUCAUUGAAAAGCAUCUUAAAUGGACCAGUAGCUCAUAAUUAGUAAUAAUUCAAGGUCAAAGGUGCCUUUACUCUCAAAUAUUUUUCAUAAAAACAACUUAGAAAUUGUAUGUUGUUUCACCUCUCAUUUUACCCAACCCAUUUUUGUUCUUCAAAAUUUUCCGAUUUUAUGAAUAAUCUUUAUUUGGGACACAGAUUUUUCAUGGGAAAUGUUUCGCUAAGGAGUAAAAAAGAAAUCUACUUUUGAGACUACUUAUUACCUGGUUGCAUUUUUAUAAUUAAAUUUUCUUAUGAACUGGAAAGUUGAGCUGUGAUUUUAGUCAUUUUAAGUCAUACUUGGGUCUAAAUUUUAAUCUCUUCCCUACAUUUGUUGAGUCAAGGUUGAUAAUUAGGACACUUUAAUUUGGCUCUAUUACACUAUAAGUAAGGCAUAAACCUAGAUACUUUUUUUUUUUUCAAGAGAAAUUGGAAAUGAGAUGUGAGCAUUAGAAAGAGACGACUCGAAUUGUGCUCAAUCUAACUAUGACUUUUUUGUCUUGUUCAAAAGGCAAAUCAUUAGAACUAAUCAUCUACUUGCCUAAGUAAAAAUAACUCUUUUGAAUUUCCUAUUUGUUUGUCUUCUUCUCUGAAGAGACGAUGAAGGGAAAUAAAUCAUAGUUCCCAGUACCUCAAAAGUUCACUGCAUCUUAGCCAUGAAACUCUGGGCCAUCUCACCUUGAUUUAUUAACAAAACUGAAACAAGUAUUUUCAGUGGAAUUGCAUGAAUAUUUUUUGAAAAUAUGCUACAUUUGUACAUUUUUAAAACAUUAAAAUAUAUUUUGUUGAGAAAUAAAUUUCUUUGUAUUUGUAA